UGGACCUCCAUCGUAUACAGUAGGCUACACUCCGAAAACUUUUUUUUUAAACUUUGUAGUUUAACAUAACUUCCCUUUUUUCGUCUCGCAGUUUAACACUUCUGUGUUUCUUCAUAGUUGCGGAAAGUUAGGCUACAUCCUUUCACUGAAAUAAUAGGCUGUUAUUGGUGGGGAGUUUGUUUUGUUUAAGUCAUGAAUAUUUUCAGAAAAAAGGACCCGGAAAAAAUACACUUGGUCUGUGCCGACGCACCUCCAGCAUUGUACGCAGCCGCGGAUCCAAGGAGGUCUAAGAAUGGACCUCUCAAGCACUGUCAUGACAACAGCAGUGCACGGGAGGACAGAGAACGGGAAAAGAAAGUCGCCAGGAAGCGUCUAUACAUUGUCUCAGCUAUCUGUCUGGUCUUUAUGAUUGGGGAAAUCUUGGGAGGCUACUUUGCGGGGAGCUUGGCGGUGAUGACUGACGCGGCUCACCUGCUGGUGGACUUCAUGAGCUUCAUCAUAAGCCUGGUGUCCCUGUGGCUCUCAUCCAGGCCCGCCACCUACAAACUCAGCUAUGGAUGGCACCGCGCUGAGAUCCUGGGUGCCCUGCUCUCUGUCUGCACCAUCUGGCUGGUGACGGGCAUCCUGGUAUACAUGGCUGUGGAGCGCAUCGUGAAUGACGACUACGAGAUCGAGGGCACCCUCAUGCUUAUCGUCUCUGGCUGUGCAGUGCUGGCCAACAUAAUAAUGGCUUUCACCUUGCACCAGUCUGGGCACGGGCACAGCCACGGGGGCCUUGCCUCACACGGGCACAGCCACGGGGACGACAAGGGGCACGGCCACAGCCACGACAAGAAAGGAGAAGAAGAAGACCACAAGGCAACAAACGGUGACCCCCAGGGCCACGGCCAUAGCCACAGUCACGGACCAGAUCACCAGCACGAGGACGCAGAGGACGGGCAGAGGAGCGAGCGGCGACCCCAGGCUAAUGCUAGCGUCAGGGCAGCAUUUGUGCACGUGGUGGGAGACUUGCUCCAGAGCAUCAGCGUGCUCGUCAGCGCUAUGAUCAUCUUCUUUAAGCCCGAGUACAAGAUAGCGGACCCCAUCUGCACCUUCCUGUUCUCGCUGUUUGUCCUUGGCACGACCUUUGCCAUCAUGAGGGACAUUAUGGUGGUGCUCAUGGAAGGCACACCAGCGGGUAUGAAGUAUGCAGACGUGAGGGAUGUCAUUCUUUCUCUGAAGGGCGUGAAGGCGGUACACAACCUCCACAUCUGGGCUCUGACCAUGAACCAAGCAUGUGUUUCAGCACACGUGGCCAUAGAAGAAAAUGUGGAUUCUCAGGCUAUCCUGAAGGAGAUCAACCAAGUGCUCUUUGACAACUUCAGUUUCCAUGCGGUCACCAUCCAGCUGGAGUCAGCCGCCGACCAGAGAGAAGACUGCAACCUGUGUGAAAACCCCACAAAUUAAGACGUCUUAAAGGGCACAACCUUGGGGGUUUUCUAAGAACAUGUUUAAGUGAUAACCCUGGCUACAUCGGCUGUAGAGAGUGAUAAACCUGCUGCUAGUAUGUGGAUAGCCUGAAGGCAUCAUUUACAUAAGGAAAUGAGGACACCAGGCUCUUUUGUAUUAGCUCAUUCACGAUACCUGCAGGUUAACUUAGCCAGGUUUGUAACUGCACCGUCUUCUUGGAAUCCCCACUUGUUUGUGACAACCUCUCCAGGUCACCCAAAGACGAAACAAAGAAAAGGAAAGUUUGUGAGAAACAGGAUGAGGUAUCUUGAUGUCUUGUGUUUUGUUCAGUUUUAACCUUACCCUUGAGUGCCUGGCUAGCUUCCCAUGGGCCUUAGGCACAUGCUGUAUGUUGUCUGUUUUUGUUUAUUUGUUUGUCCGGUGACUGUUGUCCUGUAAUCACCUGACGAACAGACGUGUCUUCUUUUCCUUUCAUUUGCAUAUUCAUGUGACAGACUAGGAGUCAAGUUCAUUUUUUUUUAUUUUUAAGACUAAAUAUUGGCACUUUCUUGGCAAAAUUUGUUGAUGCCAGAGAGGGCAAAUUAAAAUGCAGUUUUAUAAUGUCUAUUG